GCGGCCGAGGAAGAGGAAACCUGCCCGGGCGGCGUCCGGCGCGCUCGGCCCGCGGGCGCCCGGCGGCAGCAUGUCCGAGAAGAUGUCCAGCUUCCUGUACAUCGGGGACAUCGUGUCCCUGUACGCCGAGGGCGCCGUGAGCGGCUUCAUCAGCACGCUGGGGCUGGUGGACGACCGCUGUGUGGUGCACCCCGAGGCCGGGGACCUCAGCAACCCCCCGAAGAAGUUCAGAGACUGCCUCUUCAAGGUGUGCCCCAUGAACCGCUACUCGGCGCAGAAGCAGUACUGGAAGGCCAAGCAGGCCAAGCAGGGCAACCACACGGAGGCCGCCCUGCUCAAGAAGCUGCAGCACGCCGCGGAGCUGGAGCAGAAGCAGAACGAGUCGGAGAACAAGAAGCUGCUGGGGGAGGUGGUGAAGUACAGCAACGUCAUCCAGCUGCUGCACAUCAAAAGCAACAAGUACCUGACGGUCAACAAGCGGCUGCCCGCACUGCUGGAGAAGAACGCCAUGCGCGUGGCCCUGGACGCCGCCGGCAACGAGGGCUCCUGGUUCUACAUCCACCCCUUCUGGAAGCUGAGGAGCGAGGGCGACAACAUCGUCGUAGGGGACAAGGUGGUGCUGAUGCCCGUGAACGCCGGGCAGCCCCUGCACGCCAGCAACAUGGAGCUGCUGGACAACCCGGGCUGCAAGGAGGUCAACGCCGUCAACUGCAACACGAGCUGGAAAAUCACGCUGUUCAUGAAGUACAGCUCCUACCGCGAGGACGUGCUGAAAGGAGGCGACGUAGUCCGACUGUUCCACGCGGAGCAAGAGAAGUUCCUGACGUGUGACGAGUACGAGAAGAAGCAGCACAUCUUCCUGCGCACGACCCUGCGCCAGUCGGCCACCUCGGCCACGAGCUCGAAGGCGCUCUGGGAGGUCGAGGUGGUCCACCACGACCCCUGCCGCGGAGGCGCCGGACAGUGGAACAGCUUGUUCAGGUUCAAGCAUCUCGCAACGGGGAACUAUUUGGCUGCCGAGCUUAAUCCAGACUAUCGAGAUGCCCAAAAUGAAGGGAAGAAUGUGAGAGACGGAGAAAUGCCAGCCUCGAAGAAGAAGCGGCAGGCGGGGGAGAAGAUCAUGUACACGCUGGUGUCCGUGCCACACGGGAACGACAUCGCGUCUCUCUUCGAGCUGGACGCCACGACUCUCCAGAGGGCCGAUUGCCUGGUGCCGAGGAACUCGUACGUGCGCCUACGGCACCUGUGCACCAACACGUGGGUGACCAGCACCAGCAUCCCCAUAGACACGGACGAGGAGCGGCCCGUGAUGCUGAAGAUCGGGACCUGCCAAGCGAAGGAGGACAAGGAGGCGUUUGCCAUCGUGUCUGUCCCGCUGUCCGAGGUCCGCGACCUGGACUUCGCCAACGAUGCGAACAAAGUGCUGGCGACCACCGUGAAGAAGCUGGAGAAUGGCACGAUCACGCAGAACGAGAGGAGGUUUGUCACCAAACUGCUGGAGGAUCUCAUCUUCUUUGUCGCCGACGUGCUGAACAACGGACAGGAGGUCCUGGACGUGGUCGUCACCAAGCCAAACCGCGAGCGCCAGAAGCUGAUGCGCGAACAGAACAUACUGGCGCAGGUCUUCGGGAUCCUGAAGGCGCCCUUCAAGGAGAAGGCAGGCGAGGGGGCCAUGCUGAGGCUGGAGGACCUGGGCGACCAGAGAUACGCCCCCUACAAGUACCUCCUGCGCCUGUGCUACCGCGUCCUGCGCCACUCCCAGCGGGACUACCGCAAGAACCAGGAAUACAUCGCGAGGAACUUCUGCGUCAUGCAGUCCCAGAUCGGCUACGACAUCCUGGCCGAGGACACCAUCACAGCCCUGCUGCACAACAACAGGAAGCUGCUGGAGAAGCACAUCACAGCCAAGGAGAUAGAGACCUUCGUCAGCCUGCUGCGGAGGAACCGCGAGCCCAGAUUUUUGGAUUAUUUAUCAGAUCUCUGUGUGUCGAAUACCACCGCGAUCCCCGUCACCCAAGAACUCAUCUGUAAAUUCAUGCUGAGCCCAGGGAACGCUGACAUCCUCAUCCAGACCAAGCUGGUCUCCAUGCAGAUGGACAACCCCAUGGAGCCGUCCAUCCUGGCCGACGACGUGGACGAGGACGAAGUCUGGCUGUACUGGAUCGACAGCAACAAGGAGCCUCACGGCAAGGCCAUCAGGCACCUGGCCCAGGAGGCCAAGGAGGGCACCAAGGCGGACCUGGAGGUGCUCACCUACUACAGGUUCCAGCUGAACCUGUUUGCGCGGAUGUGCCUGGACCGCCAGUACCUGGCCAUCGACCAGAUCUCCACGCAGCUGUCGGUGGACCUGAUCCUGCGCUGCGUGGCGGACGAGAGCCUGCCCUUCGACCUGCGCGCGUCCUUCUGCCGCCUGAUGCUGCACAUGCACGUGGACCGCGACCCGCAGGAGCCCGUGGUGCCCGUGCGCUACGCCCGGCUCUGGACCGAGAUCCCCACCAAGAUCAGCAUCCACGAGUACGACUCCAUCACCGACUCCUCCAGGAGCGACAUGAAGAGGAAGUUCGCGCUGACCAUGGCGUUCGUGGAGGAGUACCUGAAGGAGGUGGUCAACCAGCCCUUCCCCUUCGGGGACAAGGAGAAGAACAAGCUGACCUUCGAGGUGGUGCACUUGGCCCGGAACCUCAUUUACUUCGGCUUCUACAGCUUCAGCGAGCUGCUGAGGCUGACGAGGACGCUGCUGGCCAUCCUGGACAUCGUCCAGGUCCCCCUGUCGUCGUACCUGGAAAGAUUAAGCAAGUUCCAAGACGGAGGAAACAACGUCAUGAGGACCAUCCACGGGGUGGGCGAGAUGAUGACGCAGAUGGUGCUCAGCCGCGGCUCCAUCUUCCCCGUGAGCAUCCCCGAUGGGCCGGCCAGCGCCCUCCCCAGCAAGCAGGGGGGCGGCGGCGAGCAGGAGGACGUGACCGUCAUGGACACCAAGCUGAAGAUCAUCGAGAUCCUCCAGUUCAUCCUGAGCGUCAGGCUGGACUACAGGAUCUCGUACAUGCUGUCCAUCUACAAGAAGGAGUUUGGCGAGAGCAGCGAGAACGCAGAUGCCUCCCCCAGCGGCACCCCGGACAUGCUGCUGCCCUCAGCUGUGGUUCCGGACAUCCACGAGAUCGCGGCGCAGGCCGAGACCAUGUUUGCCGGAAGGAAGGAGAAGAAUCCCGUCCAGCUGGACGACGAGGGCGGCCGCACGUUCCUGCGGGUCCUCAUCCACCUGAUCAUGCACGACUACCCGCCGCUGCUCUCGGGGGCCCUGCAGCUGCUCUUCAAGCACUUCAGCCAGAGGGCCGAGGUCCUGCAGGCCUUCAAGCAGGUGCAGUUGCUGGUGUCCAACCAAGACGUGGACAACUACAAGCAGAUCAAGGCCGACCUGGACCAGCUGCGCCUGACCGUGGAGAAGUCGGAGCUGUGGGUGGAGAAGAGCGGCGGCUACGAGAGUGGAGAGCUGGGCGAGGGCCAGGGCAAGGCUGCCGAGGAGCCGCUCGAGGAGAGCAGCGUCCUGAGCCCAGUGCAGGACGGGACCAAGAAGCCGCAGAUCGAUAGCAACAAGAGCAACAACUACAGGAUUGUGAAGGAGAUUCUGAUCCGGCUGAACCGACUGUGCGUGCAGAACAAGAAGUGCCGGAGCCAGCACCAGCGCCUGCUCAAGAACAUGGGCGCCCACACGGCCGUGCUGGACCUGCUGCAGAUCCCCUACGAGAAGACCGACGAGAAGAUGAACGAGAUCAUGAACCUGGCCCACACGUUCCUGCAGAACUUCUGCCGGGGGAACCCCCAGAACCAGGUUCUCCUCCACAAGCACCUGAACCUGUUCCUGACGCCCGGCCUCCUGGAGGCGGAGACCAUGCGGCACAUCUUCAUGGACAACUACCCGCUGUGCUGCGAGCUGAGUGAGCGCGUGGUGCAGCACUUCGUGCGCUGCGUGGAGACGCACGGGCGCCACGUGCAGUACCUGCGCUUCCUGCAGACCGUGGUCAAGGCCGACGGCAAGUACGUGAAGAAGUGCCAGGACAUGGUGAUGACCGAGCUGAUCAACGGCGGUGAGGACGUGCUGAUAUUCUACAACGACCGGGCGUCGUUCCCCGUCCUCCUCCGCAUGAUGUGCUCGGAGAGGGACCGCGGGGACGAGAGCGGCCCCCUGGCCUACCACAUCACACUCGUGGAGCUGCUGGCGGCCUGCACCGAGGGCAAGAACGUCUACACCGAGAUCAAGUGCAACUCCUUGCUGCCCCUGGACGACAUCGUGAGGGUGGUGACCCACGAUGACUGCAUCCCCGAGGUGAAAAUCGCUUACGUGAAUUUUGUCAACCACUGCUAUGUGGACACUGAAGUGGAGAUGAAGGAAAUCUACACGAGCAACCACAUUUGGAAAUUAUUCGAGAACUUCCUGGUGGAUAUGGCACGGGUGUGCAACACCACCACGGACAGGAAGCACGCGGACACCUUCCUGGAGAAGUGCGUCACCGAGUCCAUCAUGAGCAUCGUCAGCGGCUUCUUCAACUCGCCCUUCUCGGACAACAGCACCAGCCUGCAGACGCACCAGCCCGUGUUCACCCAGCUGCUGCAGUCGGCCUUCCGCGUGUACAACUGCACCUGGCCCAGCCCGGCCCAGAAGGCCUCGGUGGAGUCCUGUGUGCGGACGCUGGCCGAAGUGGCAAAGAAUCGUGGCAUUGCCAUUCCUGUGGACCUGGACAGCCAAGUGAACACCCUCUUCCUGAAGUCCCACUCCAGCACCGUGCAGAGGGCGGCCCUGGGCUGGAGACUGUCGGCUCGCUCUGGACCCCGCUUCAAGGAAGCUCUGGGCGGGCCGGCGUGGGAUUACAGAAAUAUCAUCGAGAAGCUGCAGGACGUGGUGGCCUCCCUGGAGCAGCAGCUGAGCCCCAUGAUGCAGGCGGAGUUCUCGGUGCUGGUGGACGUGCUCUACAGCCCCGAGCUGCUGUUCCCCGAGGGCAGCGACGCCCGCAUCCGGUGCAGUGCCUUCAUGUCCAAGUUGAUUAAUCAUACAAAAAAACUAAUGGAAAAGGAAGAAAAAUUGUGCAUCAAAAUUCUCCAGACUUUACGAGAAAUGCUAGAGAAGAAGGACAGCUUUGUGGAGGAGGGAACCACGUUGAGGAAAAUCCUCCUGAACCGAUACUUCAAAGGCGACCAUGGAGCCGGGGCGGGCAGCGCCCUCUCGGGGACCUACCCGAAGCCUGCGCCCGGAGGAGGGAGCUUCUCCGGACCGGACGCGGACAAGGCGGGCACCUCCCUGUCGGACAUCCAGUGCCUGCUGGACAGGGAGGGGGCCUCGGAGCUGGUCAUAGACGUCAUCGUGAGCACCAAGAACGACCGCAUCUUCUCGGAGGCCAUCCUGCUGGGCAUCGCGCUGCUGGAGGGCGGGAACACGCAGACGCAGUAUUCUUUCUACCAGCAGCUGCACGAGCAAAAAAAGUCAGAAAAAUUCUUCAAAGUUCUCUAUGACCGAAUGAAGGCGGCUCAGAAGGAGAUCAGAUCCACGGUCACCGUGAGCACCGCGGACCUGGGCAGCAAGGGGACGGACGACGACAGCGAGCGGCUGAUGGUCAGCCCCCCGCCCGCGAGGUACAGGCGGAGAGACGUGUGCCCGGCCCUGCGGGAGGGCAUGAAGGGGCAGCUGAGCGAGGCCUCCUCGGCCACCUCCAAGGCCUACUGCAUGUACCGGCGGGAUGCGGACGCCGACCUGGACCUCGCGGGCGCGGGCUCGGACGGGGGCAGCGGCGGGGAGAAGCCGGCGGAGGGAAGGCUGAGCACGGGCCCGGCCAUCGCCGUCAUGCGGCCCAUCCUGCGCUUCCUGCAGCUGCUGUGCGAGAACCACAACCGCGAGCUGCAGAAUUUCCUGAGGAACCAGAACAACAAAACCAACUACAACCUGGUGUGCGAGACGCUGCAGUUCCUGGACUGCAUCUGCGGGAGCACGACCGGGGGCCUGGGGCUGCUGGGGCUCUACAUCAACGAGAAGAACGUGGCGCUGGUCAACCAGACGCUGGAGAGCCUCACCGAGUACUGCCAGGGCCCGUGCCACGAGAACCAGACGUGCAUUGCUACUCAUGAAUCGAAUGGGAUUGAUAUCAUCAUUGCUUUGAUUCUAAACGACAUAAACCCUCUUGGCAAGUACCGCAUGGACCUGGUGCUCCAACUCAAGAACAACGCGUCCAAGCUGCUGCUGGCCAUCAUGGAGAGCAGACACGACAGCGAGAACGCCGAGCGGAUCCUGUUCAACAUGAGGCCUCGGGAGCUGGUGGACGUGAUGAAGAACGCCUACAACCAGGGCCUGGAGUGCGACCAGGCCGCCGAGGAGGGCAGGGAGGACGUGAUCUCCCCCAAGGAUGUCGGCCACAACAUGUACAUCCUGGCCCACCAGCUGGCCCGGCACAACAAGCUCCUGCAGCAGAUGCUGAAGCCGGGGCCGGACGCGGACGACGGGGACGAGGCCCUGCGACACUACGCCAACCACACGGCCCAGAUCGAGAUCGUCCGGCACGACAGGACCAUGGAGCAGAUCGUGUUCCCGGUGCCCAGCAUCUGCGAGUUCCUGACGCAGGAGUCCAAGGUGCGGGUGCUGGCCACCACGGAGCGCGACGAGCAGGGCAGCAAGGUGAACGACUUCUUCCAGCAGACCGAGGACCUCUACAACGAGAUGAAGUGGCAGAAGAAGAUCCGGAACAACCCCGCGCUCUUCUGGUUCUCGAGACACAUCUCGCUGUGGGGCAGCAUCUCCUUCAACCUGGCCGUGCUCAUCAACCUGGCCGUGGCGCUCUUCUACCCGUUCGGGGACGAUGGGGACGAAGGCACGCUGUCCCCCUUGUCCUCGGUGCUGCUGUGGGUCGCGGUGGCCGUCUGCACGUCUCUGCUCUUCCUCUUCUCCAAGCCCGCGGGCAUCCGGCCCUUCCUGGUGUGCGUGAUGCUCAGGUCCAUCUACACCGUCGGCCUCGCGCCCACGCUCGUCCUCCUGGGCGCGGCCAACCUCUGUAACAAGAUCGUGUUCCUGGUGAGUUUUGUCGGGAACCGCGGCACGUUCACGCGUGGCUACCGGGCAGUCAUCCUGGACGUGGCCUUCCUCUACCACGUGGCCUACGUGCUGGUCUGCAUGCUGGGGCUCUUUGUCCACGAGUUCUUCUACAGCUUCCUGCUCUUCGACCUGGUGUACCGCGAGGAGACGCUGCUGAACGUCAUCAAGAGCGUGACCCGCAACGGCCGCUCCAUCAUCCUGACGGCGGUGCUGGCGCUCAUCCUCGUCUACCUCUUCUCCAUCGUCGGCUUCCUCUUCCUCAAGGACGACUUCACCAUGGAGGUGGACCGGCUGAAGAACCGCACCCCCACCGCGGGUGACGGCGACGUCCCAACCAUGACUCUGCCUUCCCUGGCUGACACCUGCUUCAAGGAGAACUGCUCCCCCACCAUCCCGGCCAGCCCAGACGAAGAGGAGCCCGGGGGCGGCGUGGAGAGGACGUGCGACACCCUGCUCAUGUGCAUCGUCACCGUGCUGAACCAGGGCCUGCGCAACGGCGGGGGCGUGGGGGACGUGCUCCGGAGGCCUUCCAAGGACGAGCCCCUGUUUGCCGCCCGGGUGGUGUAUGACCUCCUCUUCUACUUCAUCGUCAUCAUCAUCGUCCUCAACCUGAUCUUCGGCGUCAUCAUCGACACCUUUGCCGACCUCAGGAGCGAGAAGCAGAAGAAGGAGGAGAUUCUCAAGACCACCUGCUUCAUCUGCGGACUCGAGAGGGACAAGUUCGACAACAAGACGGUCUCGUUCGAGGAGCACAUCAAGGCGGAGCACAACAUGUGGCACUACCUGUACUUCCUGGUGCUGGUGCGGGUGAAGGACCCCACGGAGUACACGGGCCCCGAGAGCUACGUGGCGCAGAUGAUCGUGGAGAAGAACCUGGACUGGUUCCCCCGGAUGCGCGCCAUGUCCCUGGUGAGCGGCGAGGGCGACAGUGAGCAGAACGAGAUCCGGAGCCUGCAGGAGAAGCUCGAGGCCACCAUGAGCCUGGUCAGGCAGCUGUCCGGGCAGCUGGCCGAGCUCAAGGAACAGAUGACAGAGCAGAGGAAGAACAAGCAGCGGCUGGGCUUCCUGGGGUCCAGCUCGCACCAUGUGAACCAUCACGUGCCGCCCCCACACUGAGCAGCCGCCCGCCCGCCCGCCCGCCCAGGCAGCCGCGCAGCCAGGAGUGAACGGCGCCUAUUGUUGGGGACUUCAAAACAACCGAGCGCCCGGGCGUCGGGUGCCUGAGCCCAGAGAACAAUUUCCGACUGUUUCCCCCUGGCUGAGAAGCCCCGGCUUGAAGUGCAGCCGCUAGGAAGCAGAUCCGCCUCUCCAAGGCCGCGUGGAGACCCCCUCUGGGAAGGGCA